GAGAAAAAGAGCAAUCAAAUUUAUUCAUUCACCAUCUUCCCACAAGCUCUCAACAUCAAGUAGCCAAGUGAUGAAAAGGGUCAAACUAGAUUUCAGAAGAUACACAGAUGUUGUUGGUGAUUACAAAGGCAUCACUAUCGAACGUGCGAAUCAGUGGAACAAUGGAACUAGAAAACGGCCAAUUGACUUAUUGAAGGCAUUACAAAAUUCAGAAGAAGUUGACAAAGAAGCCAAAAACCUUGUUCACUGGUUUAGAAAUGAUUUAAGAGUUCAAGAUAAUACUGCUCUUUGGCACAUGACUGAAACCGCAAGAACUAUCGGUGCUAAGCCAAUAGGUCUGUACGUCAUUUCAACAAAGUUCUGGAAGGAUCACCUCGAAAGUGCUUAUAAGAUUGAUCUUAUAUUGAGAACUCUGGAGGUGUUAAAGAAUAGUCUCGCAGAGCAUGGGAUACCUUUGUCAGUUCUAUAUCUUGACGAUGCCAAUGAUAAAACCGUGAACUUUGCCAAUUGGUUUGAAGAUUUGAUUCAAUCUAGGUUCAAAGCUGCAAAUGUUUACUUCAACGUCUUGUACGAAUAUGACGAGAUGGCAAGGGACAUUGAAGUUAUGAAAUCUAAUCUCAAGUGUCAUAUCUUUGAUGAUCAGUGUAUUGUGCCACCGUUAACAUUAUCAACGGGGAAGGGCACACAAUACUCUAAAUUUACUCCUUGGUAUAAAAAAUGGGAUGAACAUCUAAAGAAGAAUACAAUCCAAGUUCACAAAAUUACGCAUAAAUUUCCCAAAAUUGGCAAUGAACAUGAUGAAGAUGAUGAUUAUUCUCUGGAUUAUGACUUUACAUUGGAAUCCUUGUCACAAUUUGGUGUGGAGGGUCACGUUAGUCUUCCAGCCGGGGAGAAUGCUGCAAAUAAAUUACUAAAAGAAUGGUUCAAAAAAGUAAAGAGCUAUGAAAAGCUAAAAGAUUAUCCUUCGAAGGAGACCACUUCCAGGCUUGGUCCUUAUAUUUCUAUUGGAUCGAUAUCAACCAGAACAAUAGUUUUCCAAUCACAGAAGCUCAACAAAGGUAAGAUAGUUGGUGGUGAUAAUGGAAUAGCAACAUUCAUCAAGGAGGUGGCAUGGAGAGAUUUUUACAGGCAUGUAAUUGUCAAUUGGCCCUUUCUGAUGCUUCACACACCGUUCAAUUUCAGUUCUUUGGAUAUAGCGUGGCAUUCUGAUACUUCAAGAUUUGAGAAGUGGUGUCUCGGACGUACAGGAUUUCCCAUUAUUGAUGCAGCGAUGCGUGAAUUGUUGAACACUGGAUAUAUGAACAACAGACUACGGAUGGUUUGUGCUAGUUUCCUGUGUAAGGAUCUUCUACAGGAUUGGAGAAUGGGUGAAAAAUGGUUUCACCAUCAUCUUGUGGAUGCAGAUUUCAUAUCCAACAAUGGUGGAUGGGGUUGGUGCUCAUCUACAGGGGUAGAUGGCCAACCAUGGUUUAGAAUAUUCAACGUCUACACUCAGAGUCAAAAGUUUGACCCAGAAGGUCACUUUAUCAAGAAAUGGGUACCCGAACUCGCUCAUUUAGAUUCAAAGGAAAUACACAAGCCUCCACCAACCAAGGAUUAUCCAGAACCAAUUGUUGAUAGGGAAGAGUCGAGAAAGAUCGCACUGGAGAGGUACAGAGAUGCCUUAACUUAGAUAGUGUUAGCAAGUACCAAUAAUUCCUUCAAUAAAAGAUCUUCAGGAUCACUCUCUAUUCUUAGAGCAUCGACAAC